CGCCUCGGGAGGGACGGGCCAGGCGCGGGCGUGACGUCACUUCCUGGUGCGCUUCCCUAAACACUCCCCACUUCCGGUUGGCCUCUGGUGAGGCAUGUGAAACACACUUUCGUGGGAGUCAUCUCUGUCUGAUGUGUCAGCGAUGGACCUAGAUGCCGAGCGAGAGACACUCUGUCGGGGAAUAGAAGAGCUGGAGAGGAGCCUGGGACGCACCGUUCCCGACACUUACAUUGAAGUCUCCAUUUCGAGCCAAGAGUCGGGCUCUGAGAACGAAGAUGACCUCGAAGAGGAUUCAGAUACCCAAGUUGACAUGGAGGUGGAUCCAAAUGGACUGAUAGAUACAGAUGAGGAAAGUGAGGAUGAAGUUAGCAUCAACCUCCCUCAGACUCCAGAGACCUGCCUGCAAAUGAACCUGGUUUAUCAGGAAAUCAUUCAGGAGAAGAUUGAGGAAAUCAACCUGUUGCUUGCUCAAAACAAAGAACAGCAGGAAAAACUCACCUGGAAGCUUGCUGGGACAAAAGUAACCAAGUCAGGAGAUGGCAAAUCCUUGCCAGCAAAUAUGUAUCUUGGCCAUUUUAUGAAGCCAUACUUUAAGGACAAAACAUCAGGGAUAGGCCCUCCUGCCAACAACGACACCCGGGAAAAAGCAAAGCAAGGCAUCAAGUCUUUUGAGGAGUUGAUCACUAUAAAAUGGAAAAGCCGAGAGAAGCAGCUGCUGCACGAUUCGUUGGUGAGUGACCGUUUGCACCGUUUGCUUCAACCAAAGCUAUUGAGUCUUAGCUGUCUGAGUGAAAAACAGGCAAAAUCCAAGGAUGAAAUGGAAAAGCAGAUCUUGGAAAAGCAGAUUCAAGAAAAAGAACAUGAAAUAAAUGAUAUCAACUUGCUACCUGAAGAGACUUUGCUGGCGAACAGAUAUGAGAAGCAUGACUGGGACAAGAUUGCCAAUAUCAAUUUUGAAGGAACUCGCAGUGCAACCGAACUGAGAAAGUAUUGGCAGGAUUCAGAACACCCCAACAUCAACAAGAAGGAAUGGAGUGUAGAGGAAAUCGAGAAGCUGAAGGAGAUUGCUACUAGAUACAAUUACCUGGACUGGGGAGCAAUUGCUCAGGAAUUGGGGACACAGCGCACUGCCUUUCAAUGCCUACAGAAGUUCCAGGCUUACAACAAAGACUUGAAGAGGAGUGAGUGGACUUCAGAAGAGGACCAAAUGCUCUUGCAUCUCGUACAGGAAAUGAGAGUUGGGGAGCACAUUCCAUACCGGAAAAUUGCUUACUACAUGGAGGGAAGGAACUCGGCCCAGCUGAUUUAUAGAUGGACAAGGAGUGUGGAUCCCAAUCUGAAGCAUGGAGCCUGGACCGCAAAGGAAGAUGCUUUGCUCCUGAAGGCAGUUGCUAAAUACGGAGAGCGGGAUUGGUAUAAAAUCCGGACGGAGGUACCUGGCAGGAAUGACUCACAGUGCCGAUACCGGUAUUUGCAUGCACUGCAUAACAAUAUUAAGAAAGGCAAAUGGAGUGAGGAAGAAGAAAGGAAGCUGGUUGAACUCACGGAAAAAUAUGGUGUGGGCCGCUGGGCAAAAAUAGCUUCUGAGCUACCCCACCGCACAGCGUCUCAGUGUCUCAGCAAGUGGAAAGUUCUACUGGGGUAUCGGAGAAAACGGAAAAAGAAACCAGAGAACAGGCUUCGCUGGAAGCAGAAACGUGUCCGAAGAAGGAGCUCCACCCCUUCAGAGUCUAGCAGCGAAUAUUCAGAUCUGGAUUUGGAAGAGGAUAGUACAGAGAAGAACAAGAGCAAGAACUGCAAAAAGAGCGUGACCUGGCAUCGGCGAGUGCCAAGCAUCGACCUCUGGGUCCCCACAAGAAAGGAUGUGUCAGAAACAAGAGGAGAAGCGCUAGCAUCUGUCACUUUGCUUUCAAAAGGAUUUGAUGUGAACAGAAAACGGAGGCCAGUCUGCGGUGCUCUUCUUGAGCAAGAGCAGCAAGCUGCAGAUGGUCUCACUAAUGAAGAUUCCAGGAAUUUGCCGUCAUCCCAGAAUAAAGAGGAGGAGGAUUCAGCAGAGAAGAGCAACCAUAAUGCCAAAAGCACAAAGGAUUCUUGGAGGGUUUCCUUGGCUUACGUGAGAAGAGUGUUGACAAGAAAUAAUUACGAGCUACAGAGAAGAAAUCGAGAAAUCAGAAGAAAGAAGCGUUUUGCCUCUGAUUUUCAAGGGCUAUCAUCAGUCUCAGCAGACAGCAGAGCAUACAAAGGCUAUGGACAGAAGGAUGGGAUAUGGAGGACAAGUCUCACCCGGAGGCUGAUGAUGGCUGUGACUCCUUGGGCAGGCAGCAUGGUGCAGAACUGGGCCCUUCGAGUCAAGAGAGAGGCUUCAGCCAAGACAAAAGCGGAAUUUAUCUUCAAGCACCUGCAAUCUGCCAGCCUUACAAGCACUCCCUUGUUCACAUUGUUCAUUCAGCUCCUUCGGGUUGAUGUUGACGGCUGCAUGAAAGUCAUCCAGAGGAGGAGGCUGUCAGAACUUCUGAAGUCUGUUGUGAAUGUGCAAAGGACUGAUAAGGCCUCUUCCUCAAAGGAUCCCAAAGCCCAGCACGACCUCCAGGUGGCCAAUCCACCUCCUGGCAAGAAACUCAUCCCUCUGAAAGCCAAGAAUGGCCCUGUUCCAGAUGGUUCUCGCUGGGAGGCAGUGCCCUAUCAACUAGCUUCAAAACCCAAAACCGUCUCUGAGCUCCUGCAGGAGAAGAGACUGAAGGAGUCCAAGGCAAAGAAAGCCGAGCAGAACAGGCUCCUCAUGACACCUCAGCUGCUUCUGUCCUCCCCAAUGAUAAUCCAGCCACAAAGAGCCCCCACUACCCAAAUGGCAAGUGGGCCUCAGCAGAUCAUUUUGCCAGCUCCUGUAAAAACCCAGAGUAUGCUGUUGCCAUUGUCCACUCCCUGUGGAACUCCACUUCCAUCAACAAUGGAAAGCAAUUUGGCUUCCCUGCCAGAGACUGCAAGGGGGUUACAGGAAACAGUAUUGACAAGGAAUGGGAUGGGAGAGGAUCCCCUUGGGAACAGAAGUAAGAGUUGCAGUACAGGGAGUGUUUUGCCCAGGGCAUCUCCAGGGCUCCCCAGGGCUGCCUGUUCAUUGCCAGUGCCAACCCCAGCACCUCUUCAAUUGUCCACAGCAGAGCUUCCCAUGCUCAUUGCCUCCCAGAACUCUAGCACCGUGAACUCAGGCAUGAAGAAGGUACCCUGUUUUGCUGCCCAGGGACCUCCUGGUUCUUUGAACAACCCAGGCAGUGUUGUGCCCACCUUGGUGACUACCCAGCCUAGUGUAAUUCCCAAACAAAUCCUACCCAUUACAUGGGUAUUGACCCCACAAGGCCUUGUUCCCAUGACUGUUGUUAAUCUUCCCAGCCAGGGAAAUUCACCCGCAAGCUGCCCUACCCCAGCUCCAAAUCUAGGCCAAGCUGCAGGGACAUCAUUUGCCAAUGUUUCAGCUGUGAACGUGGUCCCAGUUGUGUCUGGACUGAACUCACCACAACCUGGACCACUGUUGCAAAGAGUCACCUCUUCUAGCUGCCCACAAAACAAAGGGGUUACUCAGCAAAUGGAUUUGACCUUUUGUCCUUCUCCACCUCCUCUUGCAAGAGAGUCACAGAGCAGACCUUCCACUGCUUGUUCUCCGGUUCACCUCUUGUCUACCACCCCUUCUUUGAGCAGCACCCAGCCAGGGAUCCCCAGGGCUGCUUCUGUGGUUCCUCAGGAUCAAAUGUUAGGAAAGCCUCUGUGUCCUGCCCCUCCUAACAGUGUCAAGAGUGCCCCUAACCCAGUGGAUCAGUCCAACCACACCUGUCCUGCGGUCCCUCCACUGCAGGAGAAGAUCUUCCCUGACUAUAGCCUCCUUUCCCUUGAAGAUGUGGCAGCGGUGAAAGAAUGGUUGAAAGGAGGGUCUUACAGGAGGGUACCCACAUCAGAAGCCCACUUGCCUUAUCUGCCUCCUUUUCUGUGUAGCCUAAAAACACUCUCAGCCCUGCUGCUCAAUAAAAAAGCCCUGGAGCAUAGUGCUGCAUCUCUUGUGACUCCUGAAGGACAGCAGAAGUCCGUCCAGCCAGACUUGGAUGCACUAAGGACAAUGGUACAGCAAAAGCUCUGGGACAACCCAGCCUACCGGCUCCUGAAAGGCAGGUUUUUGGCCAUGUUCACCUUCCCAUCUGCCCUUGCUGCAUUGCCUCCUCUCAAGGUGACGACAACGCUGUCUGACAGGACAUGGUGGGAAAUAUGUCGUGGGGAAGACGAGAGACCAUCAUCAGAGGAGGAAGAAGAUAGCAUGCUUGGGAGAAGGACUACUGAUCCUCGUGAAGAGCAGGAGGAAAAUCCUCCAGAGCUAGAGGAGCCCAACGCAGACAGUGUGGACUCAGAACAGCUCAGCACAUCCAAGAUUCGAAGGAGUUCACGUCUCCGGAAAAAGCGAAGGCAGCUGUGAAAAGAAUGCUUCCUUCAGAUUUCAGCUGCCACACCCCCAAAUGUGGGACCUUUCUGCAAUUUUGCACUGACUAUGGCAGAGAUGUAAGCUUUGCUGAUGAGAAUGACCAUAAAGAAAAGGAAGAGAGAAGAGUUAUAAAUACUGACCUCCACUCCUUGGAGGAAGAAGGCUAUUUCUUUUCUCUCCUUUUCUUUCCCUUUCCUUCCUUUUUUGCAAAACGGCCACAUUGUGUGUUUCCUUUUGGUUCUCGUUUUGCGCAGAUAGACACAGAGGAAAGCAGGUGAGGGCAAAGAAAUGAAUUGUGUAAAAUGUUUGUAAAAUAACUGUAUAAGAUGAGUAUGUACAUGUAGCAUGAUGUGCUAUUUGUAUAUUAGUGCUGUUUGGUACAGAACUUCGACUAUUAGCACAGGGUUGUUUCUCUGCCUCUCUCUCUCUCUCUUAUUAACUACGUUUUUAGUUCACAAAGUUCUUUUCAUGUAAGUGAUCACAUUUUAGGAACAGGCCGGUGAGAAAUGAAGUGACGGCUUUUAAACUGUAAUCUCUGCUUGCCUGAAAGGCAGGGGAUCAAAAGUCAGAAUAAAUUUAAUUUUAUUACAUCUGCAAAA